GCCGGUCGCGAAAAUUAUUGUGCAAUUAAUCAUACAGCUCAAAUUUUCGGUGAUAGAGCCUUUAAGGAAGUUGAUUCCCGCGCAUCUCCAAUCUCUGCCGGAAGUUUUGACUUAAAUUUCGUCGCCAUAACGGCCAUAAGUCUGACGUCACAAACUUGUCUUGUCUUCACAGAUGACAGAAAAGAUGGCGGAGGUCGACCUGAAUGUCGACGGCUUAAUUCAAAGACUUCUCGAAGUGCGAGGAUGCCGUCCAGGGAAGACUGUGCAGAUGAGCGAGGCGGAGGUGAGAGGCCUGUGCUACAAGUCGAGGGAGAUCUUCCUGCAGCAGCCUAUCCUGCUGGAACUCGAAGCCCCAUUGAAGAUCUGCGGCGAUAUCCAUGGUCAAUACAAUGACUUGCUCCGACUCUUCGAAUAUGGAGGGUUCCCCCCUGAAGCAAAUUAUUUGUUUUUGGGUGACUACGUCGACAGAGGCAAACAGUCCUUGGAGACAAUAUGUCUCCUUUUGGCCUACAAAAUCAAGUACCCAGAAAACUUCUUCCUCUUGAGGGGUAACCACGAGUGUGCUUCCAUCAACAGAAUAUAUGGGUUUUAUGAUGAAUGCAAACGGCGGUAUAACAUUAAAUUAUGGAAAACAUUCACUGAUUGUUUCAACUGUCUACCAAUAGCUGCCAUCAUUGAUGAGAAAAUUUUCUGUUGUCAUGGUGGUUUGAGCCCUGACUUGCAGGGAAUGGAACAAAUUCGUCGUAUUAUGCGGCCUACUGAUGUUCCCGAUACAGGGCUGCUGUGUGAUCUUUUGUGGUCAGACCCCGACAAAGAUGUCCAAGGAUGGGGUGAAAAUGAUCGUGGUGUUUCUUUCACGUUUGGGGCUGAUGUCGUGAGCAAGUUCUUGAACCGACAUGACUUGGAUUUGAUUUGCAGAGCUCAUCAGGUUGUAGAAGAUGGCUACGAAUUUUUUGCUAAAAGACAACUUGUAACAUUAUUCUCUGCACCAAAUUACUGUGGUGAAUUUGACAACGCUGGUGGCAUGAUGUCUGUUGACGAGUCUCUCAUGUGUUCUUUUCAAAUUUUGAAGCCAUCAGAAAAGAAAGCAAAAUAUCAGUACUCUGGAAUGAAUUCUGGACGUCCUUCUACUCCACAGAGAAACCCUGUUAAAAAGAAGUAGUAAACUAGACAAGUUUUCUGGCCCAUUAUUUGAUGCAUCAGUGUCAUUCAUAAGAUGCAUCUUAUAAGAUCCUGCUAUAAAUAUCAGUCAAUUACGAACUCUUUGUUUUGUUAUAGGGAAGACAGAUUCUUUGAUUUCAAGUAUGUAAUAGUCUUGUCCUUAUUGUCCUUGUGCAGGAUGUUUAACUUCGAACUUCAAAUUUUUAAGCUGUAAAUUUUGACAGACUUCCUUACAUGGGCAAGUAUUUGUGAAAGUCUUAAUGCUUUUUAUUGUGAAAGAAAUUAUUUAUUGUUUGUGUGAGCUAUUAGUCCAAAGAUGAAGUGGAAGGUGAAGCCUUUCAUAAAUUAAUGUGCAAAGUUCAGCUUUUAUUUUACAUUCAGCUUAUUUUGCUACUUUCCAUUAAAACCUCAAUGUGCAUUUACUUUUGCUGUUAAUGUCAUUUCUUAACUGUUAAUCAACUGCUGUGACAUGUUGUCAUGCUCCUUUACUCAAUGAUUGAGGUUUUAUCAGAGCUGUAGCUGAUGUAAUGUUUAUGCUGGUCAGUAUUACAACAUUCGCCUUGUCUCGUUAUUUUAUGUGUUUAGUGACAGGACUCAUGUGAGUCUGAUAUUUCUGUGGAUUGAAGGUUAUAAUAAUGAUCAGAACUAAAUGUAGGAUUUGCUUUUGUUUGACCAACUUCUCCUGUUAAGCUCUUUCUUGAUUUCGAUUCAAAAUAGAAACUAAACAAAUUUACAUAGGUGUACUCGUUUGUGCAACUUCACAAUGUGAUGAUGUUUCUACGUUGGUUUUGCAAUACAUCUUGAGUAUGGAGUUCCUCUUUUAUCACAUUCUACUUUCCAUUUUGAUCUUCAUUUCGUUUUUUCUUUCUUUUUGUUUGUAUUUAUUAAUUUUGUUGGCUUAGUGUAUGCCAUGAACUAUGAAUGUGUCCGUGGAGACUGUUACUGUUUCUUAGUAUCCUAAUUUUGUAAUUGUGAAUUAGGCUUUGAAUUUGUAGGCAUUUUAUUUCUAUUUUAGUUUGUGCCUUAUGGAAUGUGUAGCAUACAUUUUGUUGGUAGUUUGGCUUCGGUUCAUUAAUGUAUAUAACUCCUUUUUUGCCCAUCAUGUUACUGUAGAGCAGGGGUGUCAAACAAACUAAGCACGACUUGUUGUGGUUAACCCGGUUACUGGCCGUAGCCCUAUGGCGCAUUCCCCCGCCGUACAGGUUUCUAAAUGUCAUGAAGAGAUGAGUUGACAUUUGAGUAUCAACAGCCAGAGCACUGUUGAAUACCAACAUGUUCUGCAGUUUCUUAUUAGCAUUUGCCAGCAUUUUUCUAUGAAAGUGUGUCCUAUUCAAGACCCAUUUGGAGUAAAUGCUUUAUGUACCUGUAAAUUGAAAUACUUGUGCCUCAAUUUCUUUAACAACACUUACUAUUUUUUGUAUGUUUCUUUUUUUUUUUUUCUUGGGUUGGGGUAGACCAGUACUGCAGUUUUGUCUCUGUUACUGGAACCAUUCUGUGUAAAUGAUUGUACUGUACUUUUGAAUUUUUGAAGACUUCAUAAGAGUGACUGUUAUAAGUAAAGUUUUCUUUUUCGGGGCUUAAUAAAUUCAUUCUUAAGUUAUAGAUGAAGUACGCUCUUCUGUUUUUUUUUUUUUUUUUUUUUUUUUUAAUGGAAUGCAAUUUGAUUGUAGACUAAUUGAUCCUCACUUAAACAUUUAUUUCAGCCUUGCUAAGCCGUCAUUGGUAUAUCAAUUAGAGCCUGUGUUCAUUUAUUAAUACAGUCUGUACUGUUCUGUACAAAAGAGGGGAGGGGAAGGGGGGGGGGUUUCCAAGUUAUCAAAAAAGAUCAAAAAGAAAUCAUACCUUAUCUUUCUCUAACACAAUUUUCCCAUUACAACCUGGAGAUAUAAAGCUUUGAAAUUGAUUAAUAUAGUUAUAAUAUAUAUAUGUGUACGUAUUUAGAAGUGACAGUGUGGAGCAAAGAACUGAAUUUCAAUUGUGUGGAACCAAUUCAUGCAUUUUGGAACAUUUGCUGGACUUCUGCACGGAUUGGGAUAUUAAUCAUGGCUUCUCUUGCAUUUGGUCUGUGAACUUAACUGCAGAUGGCAUCAGAAACUGAUAUCCUUCUUUAUUAUUGUUAUUAUAAGUUGAAUAAAAUCAUUUUAAAUAAUCUAUAUUCUAAUGCAACUGAAACAUUUCUGAAUUUUGGUUAGAAAGAAAUCUUUUGUCACUGAAUUUCCGAUUCAGUUCAACUUAUUUUUCUACCUUCCUUUUACUGUUCUGAAGAUCUUAAUUUGUAAAAACAGUUGAAUUUGAACUGCUCCAAAUUUAUUCUAGGAUUUUGUACCAAGUAACAAAGCUUUGAAUAGAUUUGUUUCUUCUGCUAUACUUCUCCUUUAAUGACCAGUCCAGAAUUGACCAAUAAAAUCGAUGUUUACGUCUGGCCGAAUGCUUGUAGAUUUGCUUGUUAAUUAUUGAACUAAGUUAUGUUAGGUUCAGAAAAAAGUUCUGUUAUUGCUGAGUUUGAGUAUAUUUAUUGUUAGUUGGGUGAUAUCUUUUCUCAGGAGGGUUUAAAAGUUUAUUGGUAUAAUUGUAUUCUCUUUGUUUUUCGUCAAUUGCCGCAGCAUCUGCUCUACCUAACUCUUUAAAGCAGCAGGUUCGCCUAGCUCAUGUUGUUUGACCCACAAUUUUGUGCUUCAAGAUUGUGUCUACUAAUAGUAAAUAUCGUACCUUUUAUCACCUGAAAUCGGUUUUGUACUGGUCACUUGCUACCAUGUUACUGUCACAUUGAAACAAAAUUAUUUUUCCUUGGACUCUCUUGCAAAGGUAAUCAAUUUAUGUUUCUCCAAGCUUGGCUUUUAAUGUGAAUAAACAGAAUCAUCAUUCAA